AUGGCUCUGCUGGCAGUCGUUAGGCCUGAACAAGGCCGCAGCUGUUUGACAGGAAGUCACCUUCGCCCUCGCCGGGUGAGUGGAGGGCUAGAUGGUAGCCUGGUCGGCGGAGGGCUAGAUGGUAGCCUGGUCGGCGGAGGGCUAGAUGGUAGCCGGGUGAGUGGAGGGCUAGAUGGUAGCCUGGUCGGCGGAGGGCUAGAUGGUAGCCUGGUCGGCGGAGGGCUAGAUGGUAGCCUGGUCGGUGGAGGGCUAGAUGGUAGCCUGGUCGGCGGAGGGCUAGAUGGUAGCCUGGUCGGCGGAGGGCUAGAUGGUAGCCGGGUGAGUGGAGGGCUAGAUGGUAGCCGGGUGAGUGGAGGGCUAGAUGGUAGCCUGGUCCGCGGAGGGCUAGAUGGUAGCCUGGUCGGCGGAGGGCUAGAUGGUAGCCUGGUCGGCGGAGGGCUAGAUGGUAGCCUGGUCGGCGGAGGGCUAGAUGGUAGCCUGGUCAGCGGAGGGCUAGAUGGUAGCCUGGUCGGCGGAGGGCUAGAUGGUAGCCUGGUCAGCGGAGGGCUAGAUGGUAGCCUGGUCAGCGGAGGGCUAGAUGGUAGCCUGGUCGGCGGAGGGCUAGAUGGUAGCCUGGUCGGCGGAGGGCUAGAUGGUAGCCUGGUCGGCGGAGGGCUAGAUGGUAGCCUGGUCGGCGGAGGGCUAGAUGGUAGCCUGGUCGGCGGAGGGCUAGAUGGUAGCCUGGUCGGCGGAGGGCUAGAUGGUAGCCUGGUCGGCGGAGGGCUAGAUGGUAGCCUGGUCGGCGGAGGGCUAGAUGGUAGCCUGGUCGGCGGAGGGCUAGAUGGUAGCCUGGUCGGCGGAGGGCUAGAUGGUAGCCUGGUCGGCGGAGGGCUAGAUGGUAGCCUGGUCGGCGGAGGGCUAGAUGGUAGCCUGGUCGGCGGAGGGCUAGAUGGUAGCCUGGUCGGCGGAGGGCUAGAUGGUAGCCUGGUCGGCGGAGGGCUAGAUGGUAGCCUGGUCGGCGGAGGGCUAGAUGGUAGCCUGGUCGGCGGAGGGCUAGAUGGUAGCCUGGUCGGCGGAGGGCUAGAUGGUAGCCUGGUCGGCGGAGGGCUAGAUGGUAGCCUGGUCGGCGGAGGGCUAGAUGGUAGCCUGGUCGGCGGAGGGCUAGAUGGUAGCCUGGUCAGCGGAGGGCUAGAUGGUAGCCUGGUCAGCGGAGGGCUAGAUGGUAGCCUGGUCGGCGGAGGGCUAGAUGGUAGCCUGGUCGGCGGAGGGCUAGAUGGUAGCCUGGUCGGCGGAGGGCUAGAUGGUAGCCUGGUCGGCGGAGGGCUAGAUGGUAGCCUGGUCAGCGGAGGGCUAGAUGGUAGCCUGGUCGGCGGAGGGCUAGAUGGUAGCCUGGUCGGCGGAGGGCUAGAUGGUAGCCUGGUCGGCGGAGGGCUAGAUGGUAGCCUGGUCGGCGGAGGGCUAGAUGGUAGCCUGGUCGGCGGAGGGCUAGAUGGUAGCCUGGUCGGCGGAGGGCUAGAUGGUAGCCUGGUCGGCGGAGGGCUAGAUGGUAGCCUGGUCAGCGGAGGGCUAGAUGGUAGCCUGGUCGGCGGAGGGCUAGAUGGUAGCCUGGUCGGCGGAGGGCUAGAUGGUAGCCUGGUCAGCUGGAAGCCCCUUGGAGGAGGAAAUUCAAAACUGACACUGACAUAA